CUCAUUCGUAUUUCGCUCGUUGGUAAAUAUGGACUACAAAGCCAGACUUAUUGUGUUCUUCACACUUCUGAUUGGAAGCUUUGCCUUCCCAACUUCUGAAGAUGACAUGUCCAUCUUCUUCGAACACACCGACGUCAACGCUCGUGUGGUCGGUGGUACUCAGGCGGCAGUCGGCAGCCAUCCCCACAUGGUGGCUCUGUCCUUCGGUGCUGACGUGAAGAGCUUCCUCUGCGGGGCAUCACUGAUCACUCAGCGCACUGUCCUGACUGCUGCUCACUGCAUUGAUGUCGUCCACGGCGAGAAUGGGCUUAUUGAUUCUUUCCGUGUGUCUGUCGGCUCGAACCAAUGGAACAGCGGUACGGAAUACACCGUAGCCUACAACAUGACCCAUCCUGACUACGAUUUUUGGACCAUCAAGCACGACAUCGGUAUCGUCGUCACCUCCACAAACGUGGUUCUCAAUAACCUUGUGCAGACGGUUCCCGUCACCUACGACUACAUUGGUGGGGGAGUUGCAGCUAUACUCGCUGGAUGGGGUAGAAUCAGGGCCGGUGGCUCCUUGUCCCGUGAACUAUUGGAACUAAGGACUAACACCCUUGAUGGUGCCGACUGCAUGAUACGUGCGGCUCGUGCCUCCAUAACACUGAACAUGGCGUACGCUCCAGGAGUAGACCCUCAUGUUGAGGUCUGCGCUUUCCACUCUGCUGGAUUUGGCGCUUGCAAUGGUGACUCUGGCAGUGCUCUGCGUCGCGCUGACAACGGCCAUCAGUUCGGUAUCGUAUCCUGGGGCUUCCCAUGCGCCCUAGGUGCCCCCGACAUGUACGUCAGGAUUAGCUCUUACCAGAUCUGGUUGAGGUCUGUCAUCGUCUAGGACGUAGAAGAUGAGUGUUAACAGUCAUUGAAGUGACAAUAUACGUGAUGAAGAGUUUAAUUUCAAGUGAAUGUGUUGUGUGAUAAAUAAUAAACUUACAUAAAGUACAAUAA